CACUUUUCUCCCCCACACUUCUAUUCCUCCGCCAAAUUGAGCCCAGUCAUCCUUCCAGGCACCACCGAACUCCUUCCUCUACGACCCAAUUCCAGCUUCUCUAACACCGAGCAAUUGGCCUCUUGAAGUUUGUGCGAAGCUCGCGUCUUCGUCUUUUUCCUAUCUAUUGUGGAAUUUUCUCAAUAAAUCACACAAACAAGUAGCGGUCGUAGCAAACUCAGCUCGAUGAAUGUCCCAGACGAGACAGCCCAUUUGGACGGACCCAAGGGAUCGUCUUCAUCAACGUCGUCGUCGUCAUUGUCGACGUCUCAAAAAACGACAGUUUUGGAUUGGAAGCAAAAAUCAGACACUUCGCUCUUUGUUGGAAAAAAACGUAAUGACUUGAUGAAUGGAGGUAGCGGUGAAGCUCCACGAAACGGAAAUGGAAACGGAAACACAAACACAGCAAGCAGCGGCAUGGAUGGGACAGUGAAUGGAGAUGGAAGCGCACGAAACAGACACACGGCAGCUUCUGGCGGAAGCAACAGCAGCAACGGCAGCUCAUACAGAUACAACGGCAUGAACGACGCUGCUCUCGGUGUUGUCGAGGUUGUUCCGGGAGCGAGAGCCAUGUAUCACGUACAGAUGAACUCUUUUGCGCCUCGAAAUACUAAUGCGGGUCUUCUGCCCAACCACGUCGGUGUUCAAGCAGCUGCUGGUCUGCUUCCUCCCGGUUCUGGCUACGGUGGGCCUGUGUUUGUGUCGGACGGCACGAAUCUCGGUGCUCCAGGACCCAUGGGCCCAAACUAUGGCCCGACAAAUGUUGGCAGAGGCCACCGUGGACGCCCCCGACACGCCUCGCCCUCUCCGUCUCCCUCCGGCAUGAACCGGGGUCGCCCGAAACGUGGAGGCCGGAUCAUCGAUGUCCAUGUCAAACUGGCCGGCUCUUCUUCGUCACGAACGGUCCCCUUCCAACCGUCCCGGCAAACCCCUAUUUUCCAGUACAGCUCACACUUUCUUUCUAACAAACCGGUGCGUGUUCGGCUACCCGGUUCCAAACCCGUUUUUGUUUCUCCUCGCGGCGUCACCAGCAAUCAUGGUUUCAACAUGUCCUCGCCCGCACCUUCGUCCGACAACCAUGGUGGGCCCGGUGCAGCGGUCGUAAACACUGCCCCGCCAGCCGAGUUUUUCGUAAACAUGAAUUCGUUGGCGUCUUCACAUGCAGCAGCUGUCGCUGCUUCGGAACCUAACAAGAACAAAAUGUAUCCCUCCGUGGAUUCGUCCGUAUCCACCGUCAUGAGUUCGGGAUCGGCAUCGACAGAAGAAGCAAUGGGUGGCGACGCUGCAGCAAUCCCCACCAUGAUGCCUGCAGCCGCCGUUUCUGCUGGUCCUUAUGUUUCCAACCCGGCGGGUGCUGCAACAACAUCGGUUGCAGCGGCUGCGGCUGGAGCAACGUCCUCUCCUUAUUAUCCUGCCUCUUUCCAGACAUAUCCGCAGUACUCCUACGUACCACCUCCUCCCCAGUACUGGCAGUUCGCAGCUGCUUCGCCAUACCAUCCAUACGUCUACAUGUCUCCGUACAACUACGCUCCACCCAUGGCGUAUAGAGAUGCAUCAGCAGCAGCGGCUGCUGCCACUCCGUAUGCUUCUGAAAACUCAUCAGCCCCCAUGCCCCCUGCGAUGGUAGGUGCACCGGGAAUGCUUUAUUACUACGACUCGUCUCAGUACUAUUAUCCCUACAUGCCAGCGGCCGGCGAUGCCGAGCCUCAACAUUAGUGAUGACAGUACGACGCUUUUUAUAGACUAAAAUGUAUGUUUCACGUUGGUGUAGA